GAGCCGAGGCAGAGCUGUAGAAAGGCAGAUAGGGAGAGAGCGGAGGCGACGGCCCUCUUCUGGAGGGGGGGGCUUAUUAUAUCAAAUAUACACACACAUGUGUGAACUGUUUGGCCGCAUGAUAUAGGUCACAUGUGGAUAACAGUAAUUUUAGAAAAGCAUACAACUGCGGCUUUACAUUUAAAAUGCCUAUUUUACUUUUCCUGUUAGACACGUCCGCCUCUAUGAAUCAGCGCACUUAUUUGGGUACGACGUAUCUGGACGUUGCUAAAGGCGCGGUUGAGGUCUUUAUGAAGCUGCGUGCCCGAGACCCGGCUAGUAGAGGCGACAGGUACAUGCUAGUUACAUUCGAUGAUCCACCAUACGGAGUGAAGGCCGGCUGGAAGGAGAACCACGCCACCUUCAUGUGCGAGCUGAAGAACCUGCAGGCAUCUGGGCUGACUACAUUAGGACACGCUCUCCGCACCGCCUUUGACCUGCUCAACCUCAACCGCCUCGUCUCAGGCAUCGACAACUACGGACAGGGCCGCAACCCCUUCUUCUUGGAGCCGUCUGUGAUCAUCACUAUCACGGAUGGGAACAAGCUUACACACAGCUCCGGGGUGCCAGACGAGCUGCACCUGCCUCUGAACUCUCCUUUGGCUGGCAGUGAGCUGACCAAGGAGCCUUUCCGCUGGGACCAGCGUCUGUUUGCGUUGGUGCUGAGGCUGCCGGGAGCAGCCUCGCCGGACACAGAGCAGCUGGGUAGCGUCCCCACGGACGAGUCCGCCAUCACCCAGAUGUGCGAAGUCACCGGAGGGCGAUCGUACUGCGUGCGAACACAGAGGAUGUUGAACCAGUGUCUGGAGUCUCUGGUGCAAAAGGUUCAAAGUGGUGUUGUCAUUAAUUUCGAGAAGACGGGGCCCGAUCCGCCUGUGGUGGGGGACGACAUCCCAGUGGAGGCAAGUCGUCCUGUGUCGUCAUUCAGCGCACAGCCGUGGCACAGUUGCCACAAACUCAUCUACGUCCGACCAAACCCGAAGACGGGGGUCCCACUUGGGCAUUGGCCCAUUCCUGAGUCCUUCUGGCCAGACCAGAAUUCUCCAAGUCUGCCGCCUCGCUCCGCACAUCCCGUGGUGCGUUUCUCCUGCGUGGACUGUGAGCCCAUGGUGAUUGACAAGCUUCCCUUUGACAAGUAUGAGCUGGAGCCAUCUCCGCUCACACAGUACAUUUUGGAAAGGAAGUCUCCACACAUGUGCUGGCAGGUGUUUGUUAACAGCAGCGGGAAGCAAAAUGACCUGGGACAGCCAUUCGGCUACCUGAAAGCCAGCACCACUCUGACCUGUGUCAACCUGUUCGUCAUGCCUUACAACUACCCGGCGCUCCUUCCACUCCUUGAUGAUCUGUUUAAAGUACACAAACUAAAACCAAACCUUAAGUGGCGCCAGGCCUUUGAGAUGUACCUGAAGGCAAUGCCUCCGUACUUCUUCUUGCCCUUAAAAAAGGCAUUGAGGAUGAUGGGUGCGCCUAAUCUUAUUGCAGACACCAUGGACUGUGGCCUGAGCUACAGCGUCAUCUCUCACCUGAAGAAGCUUAGCCAGCAGGCAAAGAUGGAAUCAGAUCGUCUCAUCGUGUCCGUGGGGAAGAAGGCUCCGCAGGAGCCUGGCAUUAAGGUGAAGAACCACAAUGGUUCUCUCUCUUUGGCCCACCGGCGGGACUUCAAGCAGCUGCUGCAGGGCAUCACCGGGGAGGGGCCCCUUCGCCUGGUGGACAUGAACUUCAAAGAGUUUGCAGGCUUCCAGAUCGCCCUGCUCAACAAGGACCUGAAACCUCAAGCUUAUCGAAAUGCUUACGACAUCCCAAGGCGUAACCUUCUGGAUCAAGUCACCCGGAUGCGCUCCAAUUUGCUGCGGACGUCGCAAAAACUGAUCCGAGGGCAAGACGAAGACUAUCUGCACAGCAUCCCAGUGGCUCAGAUGGGAAACUAUCAGGAAUACCUCAAAAUGAUGCCGUCUCCUCUAAGAGAGAUCGACCCUGACCAACCUAAGCGCCUGCACACGUUUGGGAAUCCUUUCAAGCAGGAUAAGAAGGGGAUGAUGAUCGAUGAGGCGGAUGAGUUCGUUGCUGGCCCUCAAAACAAGAAAAGAGGAAAUUCCAACGACGCCAACUCGAGUACUACUAUGAAGAGAAGGCGGAGCAUGUCCCCGUUACUGCGGCGGCCACAGACCCCCCCCGCAAGCACCAACCAUGUGGUGGCAGGAAAGAGUCCGGUAGGGGUUCAGGCACCACAGAGCCUCCUCAAACCCAUCCCACAGCACAAAGGAGUGGAUGGCAACGACGUGGCGCUCACUGAAGGCACUGAGAGUAACGGUGACGGGGCUCUGGAGCCCGAGUCGGGGGACGACUGGCCCGCUGAGAUGGACACUGGAGCAGACAGUCCACCUCCACCCAGCUCAGAGGAGACGGCCGUGCUGGCAGCGGCAGACCCGGGAGAGGACGUCCAGGUGACGGAGGUGGGAGUGGUGGACAACGGCAUAGAGGAGCGGACGCCAGAGGAGCAAACCAACUGUGACCGAAUGAGUCCACGGAGCCAGCUGGGGGACUCUGAUGCUGACCCUGCACUGCUUGAGACCAUAUUCAUAGCCCCGCUGGAUGGGGGCCACGCUGAGCUGAGGAGUCAGGUCAUCAAGGAGGUCCGCAAACCAGGGCGAAACUAUGAGACAAUACUCAGUCUCCUGCAGCAGGUCAAAGGUCCGGUUGAUGUUCAAAGGUACUUCAUCCAUCAUGCAAUCAAAGAGGCUGUCAGGUUCAAGAAGCGAGUGCUGAUCCAGCAACUGGAGACGUCCCUCGCUGAGUUGGAGGCGAAGCAGGAAACAUCCUCACCACUUCCAAAUGACCACGGGAGUUAAUGAUGAACGUUGCUACAAUUGGGAACGAGGUUCCUAUUUUUUCAAAUGUCAGAUCAAACAAACAUAAAAAAUGGACAUCCUGGUCGACUGGCGUCAAAGAGAACUGGGUGGGAGAAGAAAUGCACUGAUGUCAGCUCUGCUGUAACCUCACAUGCUGUGAGAGGUUCAGCUAGAGGAGGGGCCUUCUGGACUAAUCCACUGAGGAUGAAGUAUAAUCCUCUUCUUAUUGACAGAUGCCUUAAACAUCCAUAUGGCUUUUGUCUGUACCGGCAGAGUGUUUAGUAGACACACACACACACACACACACAUACACAUGCUACACAAUAUGCUGUAUGCAUGGGAUGAACAGUCACAUUCCUUUCUUCAGCUGGUCUGAAAAGUGUUUGUAAGACCUCAACCACUUCCUCCAUAUAUAUAUAUAUAUAUAUAUAUUCUGGAUCAUACAAUUACCGAGUGAAUAUAUCACCUGAGCAGAAUAACCAGUUUUGGACUGGACAUGGACUCAUCAUAUCCAUGAAAUACUAAUAUCCCCUUACUUGCUAUCAAAGCAAUAGAACAUGAGCUGAGAACGCAGCCGUUGGUGUCCAUUUAGAGUUGAAUGCUCAAACUGAACACACACACAUACUGGCACACAGUCCAGUAAAUUGUACUCCACAAACACUCCAUUGAUUCCCACAGUUAUUCAUUUGGAGGAAUGAGUGCAUCUGUCCUGGCGCAGUCAACAGUUAACUUUUUGGGAUUUGAACAGCUGGUCAUCUGAAUCUGCAGCUUUUAACAAAAAGCUUUGUUGUCCUUGUUUUUUAUGACAGAUGUACACUACUUUUUAAUGUUCAUAAGGAAUAUAGAUUAUUUUUAUGAAUUUAUUUCAGAGUAUAAGAAAUAUUUUGAAUGAAAUGUUUAUAUACUGUUAAAUACAUAUAUAAAACAGAAAGUUUUUUUGAACCUCUCUUUUUCACAAAACACAAACCAGUGAAUGGUAUCCUCAUCUGUGUGUCAAUGUGCGUAUUGCUACCCAUGGGUCAGUUUUUCAUUAUGAGUGCCUAAUUUCAGACCAAAGUGGAUCGACUUUAACAGUCCCCAACCUCUUGGUUGGUCAAAAACGACGUCUCCUCUUGCCACCUGUCCAACAAAAGAGUGACUUUUUCAGGGGCUGGACUAAAUCAAAGUAUUCAGUCAUUAAUAGGAAAGAAAGGUCAUUCUAAGUAACAUUUAUAACAAAUAUAAACAUUUCUCAAAACAUGAGAAUUUUCAUGAGAUGGAUCGGUGAGUCGAAAGAGAAACAGCCUAAAUAAUUUCUAUUUGUAACAAACCACACCAAGAAAUGGAAAAUAAAACGCAGAAACGGGAUAGUUAAUUCAAUAUUUUUAAUUGGGGACAGAUCUCUGGAAAACUGGUGGUCUAAAAAGCUGUUUGCACUGCCACCUAGAGGCCAACAGGAAGAUGUGAUAAGGUGGAAAGUUUUGUGACGCAACAGUGCACCAACAAGGUCACAC